AUAUAUAUAUCAUCCCAACUCAAGCUAAAUCCCAUCGAUCAAAUAUAACCAUGAACGGCAUGGGACAAACGGCGCAAUCUCCGUCUCCGGCGGCGAUGUUCCCACGGCGGCGGCGGCACAUGAUGAUGCACAUGACGUUCUUCUGGGGAAAGAACACGGAGGUUCUGUUCGACGGUUGGCCCGGACACGACAACCUCGGCAUGUACUGGCUCCGCCUCGUCUCCGUCUUCCUCGUCGCCGCCGCAUCCGAGUGGCUCUGCCGGUGCCGUCUUCUCCGCCCCGGCGCCUCCAGCCUCGCCGGAGGGUUGGCUCAGACCGCCGUCUACACCGUCCGUACGGGCCUGUCGUACCUCGUAAUGUUGGCGGUGAUGUCCUUCAAUGGAGGCGUUUUCUUGGCCGCCAUGGCCGGUUUCGGGUUAGGGUUCCUGUUUUUCGGGAGUAGGGCUUUUAGGGACACUGGUUCUACCAACGUUACGUAUGUUCAGUCGCGUUGUUGAUGAUGCGAUUCUGUGUUAUUGAAGAUGGAUAUAAUAAAUUUUCGAAUCAGGGUUUUUAGCAAUUGUUAUAAAUACGUA